AUGCGGCCCUUCCCAACCGCGCUGUGGCUGGGUCUGGCUUUGGCCCUCCUGGCUGUGGGGUGGGCUUCAGCCCGGGCCCCCAUCUAUGUCAGCAGCUGGGCCGUGCGGGUGACCAAAGGUUACCAGGAGGCUGAGCGCCUGGCACGUAAAUUUGGCUUCGUCAACCUGGGACAGAUCUUCCCUGACGACCAGUAUUUCCAUCUACGACACCGGGGUGUGGCCCAGCAGUCCCUGACCCCACACUGGGGCCACCGUCUGCGCCUAAAGAAAGAGCCCAAGGUGCAGUGGUUUGAGCAACAGACUCUGAGGCGGCGGGUGAAGCGCUCCUUGGUGGUGCCCACGGACCCCUGGUUUUCCAAGCAGUGGUACAUGAACAACGAGAUACAGCCAGAUCUCAACAUUCUGAAGGUUUGGAACCAGGGACUGACCGGCCGGGGAGUGGUGGUCUCCAUCUUGGAUGAUGGCAUUGAGAAGGACCACCCCGACCUCUGGGCUAAUUAUGACCCUCUGGCCAGCUAUGACUUCAAUGACUAUGACCCAGACCCCCAGCCUCGCUAUACACCCAGCGAUGAGAACCGGCAUGGGACCCGCUGCGCUGGGGAGGUGUCUGCCACAGCUAACAAUGGCUUCUGUGGUGCUGGUGUGGCCUUCAACGCCAGAAUUGGAGGCGUGCGCAUGUUGGACGGCACCAUCACGGACAUCGUGGAGGCGCAGUCCCUCAGCCUGCAGCCGCAGCACAUACACAUCUAUAGCGCCAGCUGGGGGCCCGAGGAUGACGGUCGCACGGUGGACGGACCAGGCAUCCUCACUCGGGAGGCCUUCAGGCGUGGCGUGACCAAGGGCCGCCAAGGACUGGGUACACUGUUCAUCUGGGCCUCGGGAAACGGUGGCCUCCAUUACGACAACUGCAAUUGUGACGGCUACACCAACAGCAUCCACACGCUGUCGGUGGGCAGCACCACGCGGCAGGGUCAAGUGCCCUGGUACAGUGAGGCCUGCGCCUCCACAUUUACCACCACCUUCAGCAGCGGAGUGGCCACCGACCCACAGAUCGUCACCACGGACCUGCACCACCAGUGUACCGACAAACACACGGGCACCUCAGCCUCCGCCCCGCUGGCCGCAGGCAUAAUCGCUCUGGCUCUGGAGGCCAACCCGCUCCUGACCUGGAGGGACCUACAGCACCUGGUGGUCCGCGCGUCCAGGCCGGCGCAGCUGCAGGCGGAGGACUGGAGGAUCAACGGCGUGGGGCGCCAAGUGAGCCACCACUACGGCUACGGGCUGCUGGACGCAGGGCUGCUGGUGGACUUGGCUCGCGUGUGGCUGCCCACGCAGCCACAGAAGAAAUGUGCCAUUCGGGUGGUGCACACCCCAACCUCCAUCCUGCCUCGGAUGCUGGUGAGGAAGAACGUGUCCGCGUGCUCCGAUGGCUCGCACCGCCUCAUCCGCUCGCUCGAGCACGUGCAGGUCCAGCUGUCACUCUCCUACAGCCGCCGCGGGGACCUGGAGAUCUCGCUCACCAGCCCCAUGGGCACACGCUCCACGCUCGUGGCCAUCAGACCCUUGGAUAUCAGCGGCCAAGGCUACAAGAACUGGAUCUUCAUGUCCACCCACUACUGGGAUGAGGACCCACAGGGCCUGUGGACCCUGGGUCUAGAGAACAAGGGCUACUAUUUUAACACAGGAACUCUGUUCUACUACACGUUGCUGCUGUAUGGGACGGCCGAGGACAUGACAGCGCGGCCUCAGGGCCCCCAGGUGACCAGCCGCACGUGUGUGCAGAGGGACACAGAGGGGCUGCGCCAGGGAAUUCACGGUUCCUCCACCACCCUGGCCUGGCUCUGCCUCAUCUCUAGCUGAGAGUGAUGGUGGCUCUACAGCCACACAGAACAACCAGUGACCGAGGGACAGGCCAGCUGUCACCCUCCUCUUCACCUGCUGAGGCAGCUGACCAGCAACUAUGCUGCCUGUCCCCUGUUCUUCAUGCUGGACAAGCUCCAGGGCUCCUCCAAGGCCUGCUACCUCUGGCGGCCAUCCCAGCUACCAGUCCUGGGCCAUGAUGCUGGCCCAGCUGGCCAGGGCCUUCAGGAGACCCCUCUCAGCUUGAGGAAGGCCCACCUACCCUAGGCUAGACACCCCAAUGCCCGAGACCCUGAAGGCUGGGGAACCAGAGAUGCCUGACUCAAAGAACAGAGGGCGGUACCCGAAGGCCCCGCUCCCAGGUUGGAAUAGGACCCUGCCCCAGAAGGCCUUGGCAGAUCAGCAGCAGCCCACUGCGUGGGCCAUGGCUACGCCCAGUGGAAGAGGUGUCUCCUUACGCAUUUUGGAGCAGGACAAGGGGUGCAGUGGACAGAGGUCAAACCACAGCCACUAAACAUCUGUCCCUUCCUGCCCAGAACCGUCCACAAGCCCCAUGUCUGACCUCAUAGUUGGCAAA